GCGGGGCCUCGGGAGCGGCGCGGGUUCUCAGUGGCAGGAAGGCAAGAUGACUUCACUCCCUCAAGAUUGGAACAACUGAAGAAAACCACGGACAAGAUGAGAACUGCAAAGGUCUACAAACUUGUCAUCCACAAGAAGGGGUUUGGGGGCAGUGAUGAUGAACUAGUUGUAAAUCCCAAAGUGUUUCCCCACAUCAAACUUGGAGACAUCGUGGAGAUUGCUCACCCCAACGAUGAAUACAGCCCUCUGCUUUUGCAAGUCAAGUCUCUUAAGGAAGAUUUACAGAAAGAAACUAUCAGUGUGGACCAGACUGUGACUCAGGUGUUCCGACUAAGACCUUAUCAAGAUGUCUACGUGAAUGUUGUAGACCCCAAGGAUGUGACCCUUGACCUAGUGGAAUUGACUUUUAAGGAUCAGUAUAUUGGCCGUGGGGAUAUGUGGCGACUAAAGAAAAGUUUGGUGAGCACAUGUGCCUACAUCACCCAGAAAGUAGAGUUUGCUGGCAUCAGGGCACAGGCUGGUGAACUGUGGGUCAAGAAUGAGAAGGUCAUGUGUGGUUAUAUCAGUGAAGAUACUAGGGUGGUGUUCCGUUCUACAUCGGCUAUGGUUUACAUAUUUAUUCAGAUGAGCUGUGAAAUGUGGGAUUUUGAUAUUUAUGGGGAUCUGUACUUUGAGAAAGCUGUGAAUGGUUUCCUUGCUGAUCUGUUUACAAAGUGGAAGGAGAAGAACUGUAGUCAUGAAGUGACUGUGGUCCUGUUUUCUAGAACUUUUUAUGAUGCAAAAUCUAUUGAUGAAUUUCCUGAAAUACAUCGAGCUGCAAUUCAGCAGGAUCACAAAGGGAGAUUCUAUGAGGACUUUUAUAAAGUGGUGGUGCAGAAUGAAAGAAGGGAUGAGUGGACCUCACUCCUCGUGACCAUUAAAAAGCUCUUCAUCCAGUAUCCAGUGUUGGUGCGACUGGAACAGGCAGAGGGCUUUCCUCAAGGAGACAAUUCUACCUCCGCACAAGGAAACUACCUAGAGGCCAUCAACCUGUCAUUCAAUGUGUUUGACAAGCACUACAUCAACCGCAACUUUGACCGAACUGGGCAGAUGUCUGUGGUGAUCACACCUGGAGUAGGUGUCUUUGAAGUGGACCGCCUACUUAUGAUCUUGACCAAACAACGGAUGAUAGAUAAUGGAAUUGGUGUGGACUUGGUGUGCAUGGGAGAGCAGCCAUUACAUGCUGUGCCAUUAUUCAAGCUGCACAAUCGAAGUGCUCCACGGGACUCUCGGCUAGGUGAUGAUUAUAAUAUUCCUCACUGGAUAAAUCACAGUUUCUACACAUCCAAAAGCCAGCUCUUUUGUAACAGUUUCACCCCACGAAUAAAACUGGCAGGAAAGAAGCCUGCCUCUGAGAAAGCAAAAAAUGGCCGUGAUACAUCUCUUGGCACUCCAAAGGAGUCUGAGAACACCCUUCCCAUCCAAGUGGAUUAUGAUGCCUAUGAUGCUCAAGUAUUCAGGCUGCCUGGUCCAUCCCGGGCCCAGCGCCUUGCUACCUGCAGGUUUUCUGCCAGAUUUCCCAGGGGGGAGGAGUCUGUGAGGGAGCGGGAAAAUCAUAAUCGUAAAAGUGCCAGUUCCUGUGACGUCUCAUCCAGCCCUUCCAUGCCAAGCCGUGCACUGCCCACUGAGGAAGUAAGGAGCCAGGCUUCAGAUGACAGCUCCUUGGGCAAGAGCACCAACAUUCUGAUGAUCCCCCACCCCCACCUGCACCAGUACGAAGUCAGCAGCUCUUUGGGCUACACCAGCACUCGAGAUGUCCUGGAGAACAUGAUUGAACCACCACAGCGGGAUUCCAGUGCGCCAGGAAGAUUCCAUGUAGGCAGUGCAGAGUCCAUGCUACAUGUUCGACCUGGUGGUUACACACCUCAGAGAGCACUGAUUAACCCCUUUGCCCCUUCACGAAUGCCCAUGAAGCUCACAUCCAACAGAAGGCGCUGGAUGCACACUUUUCCUGUGGGACCAUCUGGAGAGGCCAUCCAGAUCCAUCAUCAAACCCGGCAGAAUAUGGCAGAGCUGCAGGGUAACAGGCAGAGGGACCCCACCCACUCCUCUGCUGAGCUGUUGGAAUUAGCAUAUCAUGAAGCUGCUGGAAGGCACAGCACUUCCCGCCAGCCUGGUGACAGCAUGUCCUUCUUGAACUUCAGUGGAACGGAAGAGCUUUCUGUCAGCCUGCUUAGCAACAGUGGUGCAGGUAUGAAUCCUAGGACCCAGAAUAAGGAUUCUUUAGAGGACAACUUUUCUACCUCUCCAGACCCAAUUCUGACACUGUCUGCUCCCCCUGUAGUGCCAGGCUUCUGUUGCACAGUUGGAGUGGAUUGGAAGUCUCUUACUACUCCUGCAUGCCUCCCCCUUACCACCGACUACUUCCCUGACCGUCAGGGCCUGCAGAAUGACUACACAGAAGGCUGCUAUGAUCUCCUCCCAGAAGCAGACAUGGACAGGAGGGAUGAGGAGGGUGUACAAAUGACAGCCCAGCAGGUGUUUGAAGAGUUCAUUUGCCAGCGUCUCAUGCAGGGCUACCAAAUCAUAGUGCAGCCGAAGGCCCAGAAACCAAACCCCACAGUCCCACCCCCGCUGAGCAGUAGCCCACUCUAUAGCCGAGGCCUUGUAUCCCGAAAUCGCCCCGAGGAGGAGGACCAGUAUUGGCUGAGUAUGGGCAGAACUUUCCACAAGGUGACACUGAAGGACAAGAUGAUCACAGUGACACGAUACCUUCCCAAGUACCCAUAUGAAUCUGCUCAGAUCCACUACACCUACAGCCUUUGCCCUUCCCAUUCAGACUCAGAGUUUGUCUCCUGUUGGGUGGAAUUCUCCCACGAGCGGCUAGAGGAGUACAAAUGGAACUACUUAGAUCAGUAUAUUUGUUCCGCUGGCUCUGAAGAUUUCAGCUUAAUUGAAUCCCUAAAGUUCUGGAGAACUCGAUUCCUACUGCUGCCAGCUUGUGUCACUGCCACCAAACGCAUCACGGAAGGGGAGGUACACUGCGACAUCUAUGGUGACAGGCCCCGUGCAGAUGAAGAUGAAUGGCAGCUCUUAGAUGGUUUUAUCCGCUUUGUGGAAGGUUUGAACCGAAUCCGCAGGCGUCAUCGCUCAGAUCGCAUGAUGCGGAAAGGGACUGCAAUAAAAGGCUUACAGAUGACGGGGCCCAUUUCUGCACACUCCCUCGAGUCUUCAGGACCCCCAGUUGGGAAGAAAGGAACCUCAGCCCUAUCUGCUCUGCUGGAAAUGGAAGCCAGUCAGAAGUGCCUAGGAGAACAGCAGUCAGCUUCGCACGGUGGGAAGAGCUCUGCCCAGCCAUCCGAGAGUGGCAGUGUUGCUAUGACUCCCACCUACAUGGACAGCCCACGAAAGGACGGGGCCUUCUUUAUGGAGUUUGUCCGCAGCCCACGCACAGCAUCAUCUACCUUCUACCCUCAGGCAUCUGUGGACCAAACAGCUGCUCUGGUGGUGGAUGGCAACAGUUUGAGCAUAAGCACAGGCCAGUUGGUGGAUAGAGGCAGCAGUCAGACCUUUGGGAAUUCCCAGAACAUAGGAGAACAGGUUUUUCCCUCUGCAAACUCCAAUGACAGCAGCUCUCAACAGCAGAUGGCAAGCUCUCUGACAUCAUCCUCUACCCUGAUGGAGAUCCUUGAAGCCAUGAAGCACCCCUCGACAGGAAUCCAGCUGCUCUCGGAACAGAAAGGACUCUCUCCGUGCUGCUUCAUCAGUGCUGAGGUGGUACACUGGCUGAUGAACAAUGUGGAGGGAGUCCAGACGCAGGCCAUGGCCAUUGACAUCAUGCAGAAAAUGCUGGAAGAGCAGCUCAUCACACAUGCAUCUGGCGAAGCCUGGCGGACCUUCAUCUAUGGCUUCUAUUUCUACAAGAUAGUAAUGGAUAAAGAGCCCGAUCGAGUGGCCAUGCAGCAGCCCACUGCCACCUGGCACAUAGCAGGGGUAGAUGACUUUGCCAGCUUCCAGCGCAAGUGGUUUGAGGUGGCCUUUGUGGCAGAAGAGCUCUUACACUCUGAGAUUCCUGCCUUUCUCCUGCCCUGGCUGCCCAGCCGGCCAGCCUCAUAUGCAAGCAGACACAGCUCCUUUAGCCGCAGUUUUGGGGGACGGAGCCAGGCAGCUGCACUCUUAGCUGCCACUGUCCCAGAGCAGAGGACUGUGACCCUGGAUGUUGAUGUGAACAACCGUACAGACAGGCUGGAAUGGUGCAGCUGUUACUACCAUGGAAACUUCUCUCUGAAUGCAGCCUUUGAGAUCAAGCUACACUGGAUGGCGGUGACUGCUGCAGUGCUCUUUGAGAUGGUCCAAGGCUGGCAUCGGAAAGCUACCUCCUGUGGCUUCUUGCUAGUCCCGGUUUUGGAGGGGCCUUUUGCGCUGCCCAGUUACCUAUACGGUGAUCCCCUGCGGGCCCAGCUCUUCAUCCCGCUCAACAUCAGCUGCUUGCUCAAGGAGGGCAGUGAACAUCUGUUUGACAGCUUCGAACCGGAAACAUAUUGGGAUCGAAUGCACCUUUUCCAGGAAGCCAUUGCACACAGGUUUGGGUUUGUACAAGAUAAAUAUUCUGCUUCUGCUUUUAACUUCCCUGCUGAGAACAAGCCUCAGUACAUCCAUGUUACAGGAACAGUGUUUCUGCAGCUGCCUUAUUCCAAGCGCAAGUUUUCAGGGCAACAGCGGCGACGGCGGAACUCCACCAGCUCUACCAAUCAGAACAUGUUCUGUGAGGAACGGGUUGGUUACAACUGGGCCUACAAUACCAUGCUGACCAAGACAUGGCGCUCCAGUGCCACAGGGGAUGAGAAGUUUGGUGAUCGGCUGCUGAAGGACUUCACGGACUUCUGUAUCAACCGUGACAACCGGCUGGUUAUGUUCUGGACAAGCUGCCUGGAGAAGAUGCAUGCCAGCGCUCCAUGAAGCCAGGUUGCCACACACGUCAGGCUGCCCUGCUUAGGAGGUUGUGCAUGCUGGGGCUGGGCUUCCAGUCAGGGUCUAGGUGUCAGGUUGCCAUGUCGGUGAGUGGGUCAUGGCUGCCUUGGAGCCUUUGCACAAGUAUUCUUGAGAAAGACUGGAUGCAGCUGCUGCUGCCACCACCACCCAGCUCCCGCCAUCAUGUGCCACAGCAGGUGGAAAGCACAGAUUGUCUGUGGGAGGCAUCAGUGUCUGCAAGGGUAGGCAGCUCCCAUGAAUGUCCUUGAAGAGGAGGCAGCUCCUGUUAGGGUCCUUUUCCUCAACCAGCCAUGUAAUGAUCGGAACAGAAUCUGCCACUUCCUGCCCAGGAAUGUGCACAGUGUGUAAGAUAAUUCUGUGAAAUAAUGUACCAUAGGCUCAUACCAGCUGUACAUAUCUGUACAUAUCAGAAACAAAUAAAGCUCCACAUGAAA